AACACCGUUCGAUUUUCAUUCAGCCAGAAAACAGACGUGUUUGUGAGAAAUAACUUUAACAUAUUAAAGAAGAAACUUGGUUUGUAUAUUUUAAUUAUGGUGUUUGCACAUUAAAAUACUUGUCAAAUAUAUAAAAAUCGUUGAAUAAUUAUUUUAUUUAACUGUAAAGCCAUGUCAUCCACGUUUUUUGACGUAAGCAAUUUUCAGAUAGUGUUAACUGCGAAUAUUGUUUUAACGCAAUUGGCAAUGCGUGUAUGUGAUAAAAAUAAUCUGCCAAAUAUAAAGUCAAAAAUGCCUAAGAAAAGUAAAAAGAAACAACACCGAAAACGAUCAGAUCGAAAAGAAGCAGUUGAUGAGUCAUCAGACGAUGGAAGAUCUGGAAGAUGCCUUCAUUUUAAUAAGGCUACUAAUAUAAACAGCAUGAAGAAAGCUCUUAAGCAACAGCGUGUCAUCGGACGUUGCUCUGGUUGUAUGAAAGAAUCAGCGGCGAGUGGCGGAGCAGAUUCUGAAGACGAUGUUAUUGUAUGGAUUUGCUUGCAAUGUGGUUACCAGGGAUGUGGAAGGAAUACAAAGGACAGACACUCAUUAAAACAUUUUGAAACUCCAAGAUCUAAUUCUCAUUCCCUAGUAUGCAAUUCGUCUACAAUGGAAUUAUGGUGUUAUGAAUGCGACGAUUAUAUUCCACCUCCGGGAAAUAGAUUUGACGAUUUUUUAGAAGUCAUAAAAAAAUUUAUUGAUCAAUCAACACCAUCACGUAUGAAUUCUCAUAAAUCUGACUCUUCGGAGGAUAAUAACUUUAAUAGUAAAUGUGCUACUGGAUCUUCUCAACCAUCACAAUUGAAUCACAAAAUUAAGGGUCUCAGUAAUUUAGGCAAUACAUGCUUUUUCAAUGCUGUAAUGCAGAGUCUGAAUCAGACACCUGGCUUAGAUACUCUCAUAGUAGAACAUGCUAAAUCAACGGCUAUGAUGACUUUACCAGGGUGCAAUCAGGUUUCUGACUCAGAAGGUAGCUCUGGUGAUGAGGAAAAAGAUAUAGCACGUAGUGCAGAGUCGAUUAAAUUAGAAUUAGGUGAAUGUGGUAACCUGACCCAGGCAUUAGCCAGCUUUUUAAGAGAUAUGCAGCAUCAAAAAGGCCAUGUCCUUACUCCAAACAUAUUAUUUGGCAAUGUUUGUAAAAAAGCACCAAAGUUUAAGGGUUAUCAACAACAAGACAGCCACGAAUUGCUAAGAUAUCUCUGGGAUGGAGUAAAGGCAGAAGAAAUAAAAAGAGUACAGUCUGCUGUGUGCCUAAAAUUGAAUAUUGGUGAAAAAAAGAAAAGUGGACAGUUAACACCAAAUAUGAAAUCGCUUGUCAAAUAUUACGGACGCCAAGCACGACAUACAAUUGUUGAUAAUAUAUUCGGUGGACUGUUUAUUUCAACAGUAACGUGCGAGGAAUGUCAAACUCCGUCUCAAAUAUUUGAACCAUUCUUGGAUAUUUCGUUGCCUAUCACUGAGGAUAAGUUGAGCGGUUCUUUUAAGUCGAAGAGAGGCGAAAGGAGAGCUAAAGCACAAGCAGCUGCCAAAUUACCGGCCAAUGUUGCUCCUGCUGCUAGUGAGGACUCCGAUCAAUGCUCGGACGCUGACGUGGAAGAUAAUCUUUCUACGAAUGCUAAUUCUGUUAUAGAUGAUAAUGUUGCAAUUGAUAAAGAGAAAGGGGACAAUUCAGCUGCACAUAUUGGCUCUGUAGAAUCACUCGCAGAGGAAAUCGGUCAGCUGAAAGUGAAUGGAGCGGAAUUUAAUGGGGUCGCAGAAAAAGAAUUAAAACGAAAGCAUUACAUUGUCGAAAAAGCAAUGCGCUCGUUAGGAGCACCUUAUCAUAGCCAACAGAACGAAUGCUCUGUUCAAUCCUGCUUUAGUAAUUUUACUGCACCUGAAGUAUUGACAGGAAAUAAUAAAUUCAAUUGUAGAUACUGUUCAAAAACCUCUGAGAAUUCUCAAGUGGUACUGCGAAAUGCAAGCAAGAGGGUUUUAAUAUUUAUUCCUCCCUCUGUUUUAACGAUUCAUUUAAAGAGAUUUCAACAAAUUGAUUAUGUAACACGGAAAGUGAACAGAAUGGUGCAAUUCCCUUUUGUUUUGGAUAUUUCACCAUACUGUAGUUCACAGGCGUUAAACAUAAAUAGCAAUCGAGUCUUAUACAACCUUUACGCGGUCGUGGAGCAUUCUGGUAGAAUAUCGGGAGGCCAUUACACAGCCUAUGUAAAGGUCAGGUCAUCAAGAUCAAUAAAAAAUUUCCUUAAUUCGAUCGAGCAAAAUAGCAUCCGUUUGAGCAAAAUCAAUGAAUUAAAACAAAUGUUCUGUAAUGACGAUCAAGAAGUGGACGGGAAUCCUGGUAGAUGGUUUUACAUAAGUGAUAGUAGGGUUAGUGAAGUUAAUGAAGACGCUGUAGCUAAAUGUCAAGCGUAUCUCUUAUUCUAUGAAAGAGUGCUGUGAUUUUUUUCAGGUUAUAUGCUUACUUAAAUUCUGACGUGCCGUAUUUUUUUAAUCGAUAUUUUUUAUUUAUUUCGUCCGUGCUUGCGUAUACUUAAGAAAAAACAACAAAUGAUUUAUUUAUAUUAAUCUUAUAGUUUCCAGUCAGUAGGAAAG